ACAGAUUGUCAGUAUACUUAUUACAUUACUCACAUAAAUACGACGAUGCUCAUUGAACUUAUUUUGUGUAGAUUACGCAUUAUGACACAUCUACUCUGUAUAGCUCGGUUCUUUGUUUCGUUCAGUAAUUAUUUGUUUUUUGUUGAUUAAACAUUUUCGCUUAGCCUUAAAAUUAGAUUUCAUUGAAUUCAAUCGUCUGUUAAUUUCAGUUAUUCCUCUAUGUGAAUGUGUACUACUGUAGUGCUGUCUACUUAUGAAAUCUAAUUAAUCUGCUAUUUUCGAUGGCAUUAUUCGAAGGUAGAAUACUCAUCACAGAUUGCUCUAACAAAGACGAUCGAGAUGUUAUUAUCGCAAACUUAUUGAAUCACAAGCUGUCAAGAGCAACACUUUACAUCAUGGUAAAUGAUUUCAAAGAAAUUAGUAGCAUACGACAAAAGUUUCCCACCGUUGUUCCGUUUGUUCUUGUUCCCGGUGAAAACAUUGAGCAAACAAGACGGUUGUUAAAGCUGUUGCCGCAUAUGGAUCAUUUUGUCAAUUUUUUAGGUCAAGAUCUGGCCCUUGAGUUUUUAAACAAACGCAGUGAUUUUAGAAUUAAAUCCGUUUCGAAGGUUUACGCUCAACGCAAUAUUAUCGAUAAAAUUGUAGGACCCAUCAAGCAGGGAAUAAUUUUCAAUGUUGUAGCCGGUGAUAAUUCCUGUAUCGAUAAUGUCGUUGUGGCUGGUAGUGCUGCAACAAAAUCAAUCAAAGGAAGUGUCAAAAAAGUGUUUAAUGCCGGUGCAUCUUCAUCAUCAUCAUCGGGUGAUGAACGUACGCCAUUGUUACCAAAAGAUCAUGAUGGUCAGCACUUCGAACCAGCGAUAACGUGUAAUGGAUCUAACCGUCACUCUUCAGGAAACAAUAUUUGGCGUUUCUUAGUUUCCUUGUUCUACUCUCUUUGCCCUUGCAUUAAUGAAGGAAAGGUCAUCCUACCAGUCAAUGAAUAUCCCGUUGAUUUUGAUGCAAAGCUUGCGGCGGCGUUUGAUCACUUGUAUAAAUCGUUGGACGAAGACUGGUUUCAAAAACUUAUAAAGGCUAGACGCGCAAAACAAAAUGAAAUAACACAACUGCAAAAUACGAAGGAAGAACGAGUCGAAAAAGAAUAUAGUCGAUUGGUUGGUGUUAACAGCGAUCUAUCAUCAACUGCUGCGAAUCGCUUUGAAGCAUUCGCUAAUGUACGGGAGUUCAUACGAGUUGAGAAGGAGAAAAUUAACCGGGAAUUCGAUAGAAAAACCGAUCAACUCUACGAGGAACAUUAUGAUGUCGUUGUUGAAGAACAAUUCAAAAUGUUAGUAUCAUUUUGGAAGAAAAUGCGUUUGUCGCCAUAGUCACUACCAAUAGCCGUAAUAUUCAAACAUAUACAAGAACAAUAUUUACCCAUUU